GAAUGAGUGAUGUAUUGCAGUGAACACUGUAUUGACUCUUAUUGUAUGCAAAUGUAGUGUAAAUGAGUUGAAUGUAAACAAAGCUAUAGAUUGUGACGAUUGGGUGAUCUUUGAGACCAAUUGUGGUGACAAUGAAUGCAUUGAGUCUUUAUGUGACCACUUGUCGUAUGAUAUUUCAGUCUUCAUGUGAAGACAUGGGCGCGUGGGCUGACAUCAACCGAUUGGUACUUUACUUAAGACAGGCACUGACCUGUUGUGUCUGCGGACAACUCUUAACAGUUCCCAUGUCUUCAACUGUCAGUUCGUGUCAACAUCACGUGUGUAAGGCCUGUGUCGGCGGCAAAAUGCGGUUAAAGCCAUCGUGCAGUUGGUGUAAAGAUCACUCAAAGUUUGUGGAAAACACUCAGUUAAGGAUUCUUCUGCAAUGUUAUCGCAAUGUCUGUCAGUUUAUGAUGUCUGCAGACUUGCACCAUAAGUGGGGAGAUCUAACCAGUGGUUCUGCUUCGGGAACUAAUAUGAGUUUUGCAGAACUUCUUGAAGAAGGCUCACAAUUACACGAUAAGUAUAGUUUUUCAGAGCCACCACCUCUUAGAGGUUAUUCGCGGUCAGUGGCCGGUAACGCACGAGUCAAGGCGACCACCAAUUCAGGAAACACGGGUCCAGUCAACUCAAAUAACACGACGAAUAACAAAGUUGUAGUGAACGGCAUUUCUAGUGAUACUGUCGUUAAAAAGGAUAAUAACACUCUUCUGCAAAAUAAUGUUAACCGUAAUAAUGGUUACGAAAAUAACGAUACGUCGGCAAAAUGUCCAAUAGUAUCAACCACUAGUGCGGCCACAAAUGAUACGACAAAUCACAUGACUUUAGGUUCUCACGCUUUAUUGACAAACGGCUCUUCACUAAUUCGUAGCGCAAACACUACUUCAGCGAAGGCUAAGGCUAAACGUCGUGGUUGUCGGUGUGGUUUAGCCACACCUAAUCCGGGCAAACUUACCUGUUGUGGACAGCGGUGUCCCUGUUAUGUGGACGGCAAGGGUUGCUUUGAAUGCAAGUGUAGGGGUUGUCGUAAUCCACAUAAAAAUAAUACAAAUAAUUCUAAUACUAAUAAUAAUAUUAACAAUAAUAACAAUUUAAUUUCUGGAAACAGUGUUAUAUUAACAAUGAAGACCUCAUCACAUAUAUCACAACCACCAUCUGUACCGAUAACUGUCAACACAGCUAUGAGUCCCACUCUAUCAUCAAAUAUUACCGAAGGCUUGAGCCCUAGUUUAUCUACCGGCUCCUCAUUGUUGCCCAUUUCAAGUACUUUACGAACAAUUAAUAUUAUAUCAUCGCCCGGUUCUUCAAGUGAUACAUUACUACCAUUUCCCAAACUAGAAGAAGAAAAUAUUGUUAGUGACAUUGAAAUAGAUUCUUAAUUUAAA